AGCGGAUCGGAUCGGAACGGAGCGGGAGCGGGGCCGGAGCGCAGCGCUGGGGCCCGGCCGCGUCCGCCGCGCUCUCCCCGUCCGGUCACACGCCCGCACAUCCCGCGACCCCCACCGGGCACAGCGCGCGGGCGGCUCCCGGCGCUGCAGGUUCUGAAGGUGCUUGAGCUCUGAACACUCACAAGAUCUUCAUACCUAGAAAUGUCUGGCUCAUACGAUGAUUCCGUUGGAGUAGAAGUUUCUAGUGACAGCUUCUGGGAGGUUGGGAAUUACAAGAGGACAGUGAAAAGGAUUGACGAUGGUCACAGACUCUGCAACGACCUCAUGAAUUGUAUCCAUGAACGGGCCCGGAUAGAGAAGGUCUAUGCUCAGCAGCUCACAGAAUGGGCUAAAAGGUGGAAACAACUCGUGGAAAAAGGCCCACAGUAUGGAACAGUAGAAAGGGCUUGGUGUGCUUUUAUGUCAGAAGCUGAAAAAGUGAGUGAACUGCAUCUAGAAGUAAAAGGUUCACUGAUGAAUGAAGAUUUUGAAAAAAUCAAGAACUGGCAGAAGGAAGCCUUUCAUAAGCAAAUGAUGGGAGGAUUUAAGGAAACCAAAGAAGCAGAAGAUGGAUUUAGGAAAGCUCAGAAACCCUGGGCAAAAAAGCUGAAAGAGGUGGAAGCUGCAAAGAAGGCCUACCAUGCAGCCUGCAAGGAGGAGAAACUGGCCAUAUCCAGGGAAACCAACAGCAAAGCUGACCCAGCCCUGAAUCCUGAGCAGCUGAAGAAGCUGCAGGACAAAGUGGAGAGAAGCAAACAAGAUGUGCUAAAGACAAAAGAAAAGUAUGAGAAAUCCCUGAAAGAAUUAGAUAAUGCCACUCCUCAGUACAUGGAGAACAUGGAGCAGGUGUUUGAGCAGUGCCAGCAGUUCGAGGAGAAACGGUUGCGUUUCUUCCGGGAAGUGUUACUGGAGGUCCAGAAGCACCUUGACUUGUCCAACGUUGCAAGUUACAAAAAUAUUUACCGAGAGCUGGAACAGAACAUCAAAACAGCAGAUGCUGUUGAAGACUUGAGGUGGUUCAGAGCCAACCAAGGUCCAGGGAUGUCCAUGAAUUGGCCUCAGUUUGAGGAUGACGAGUGGUCUGCAGAUCUGAACCGGACCCUCAGCAGAAGAGAAAAGAAGAAAGCUUCUGAUGGGGUGACUUUAACUGGUAUAAAUCAGACAGGAGACCAAGUUUCACAACCUAACAAACACAGCAGCAGUCUUAGUGUCCAGAGUAACACAGUGCAGUCAGUACAAUCAAGUUACAAUCCCUUUGAAGAUGAAGAAGAUACUGGGAGUACUGUCAGUGAAAAGGAGGACAAUAAGAUCAAAAACGUGAGCAGCUACGAAAAGAACCAAAGCUACCCCACAGACUGGUCUGAUGAGGAAUCCAACAAUCCCUUCUCUUCCACUGAUGCUAAUGGAGACACCAAUCCCUUCGAUGAGGACACCUCUCCAGCCAUGGAGGUGAGAGUGCGAGCGCUCUACGACUACGAGGGCCAGGAGCAGGAUGAGCUCAGCUUCAAAGCUGGGGAUGAAUUAACUAAAAUGGAGAAUGAAGACGAGCAGGGUUGGUGCAAAGGACGCCUGGACAACGGACAAGUGGGGUUAUACCCAGCAAACUACGUGGAACCCAUCCAGUGACAAAGGACAGAAUAAACACAGAGGUGUUCCCAAAGCUCUGCAGGCCUGUACAGUGUAUUUAGUUCCAGUGAGAGGAAGCUGAAUGAUGUAUAGAGUGUAUAUAUUUUAAAGGAAAAGGCGAGAGCUUGAGGCAGAAAUAAUGCUGAAUCAAAGGCAAAAAGCCUGAACCAAUCAUCUGACAUUGCUUUCACAACUUGUGCACAAUGCAAAGGAAAAGGGGUUAGGUGGAAAAAAAUAGUAUGAUAGGAAAAAUACUUUUUAAGCUUUCUCUUCCCACAUGGUCUGUCGUUGUGGAUUCUUAAACAUUUUUUGCAUUUUCUAUGCUUGUGCCUCAUCCUACCUUGGGUAUGUGGCUUGUGCUCACUUUUGUUUAAUCAGUUAUUUUAAGUGACCUUCAGUAACUUGCAACUUGAAUUUUCAAAGAUUAUUAUAGGUAAUUUUUUAUUUGUCCUUAUCAAUGUCUGAAAGAUGCAGUAUUUUUUUAUUUAAAUGCCAUGUAGUUAAGCACCUUUUUUUGUAUGCCUGGAUUUAUCAAUGAAUACUUAAAUUAUGACAUAGAUUUAGUCACCAGCUGACUGAAUGAAAACUCCUUCCAUGUUGUAGUAAUCCUUCCGUGUCGUCAGCAUGGCUUUGAAGUUGUAAAUGGAGUUGUAAAACAAAAUACUGUAUUUAAUAAAUAUCUGUUACAGAAGGUUAUUUGUAGCAGAGGUAUCUGCAGGUGUCAUGGGUUGGGACUCUGUUAUGAAUGUUCUUCACUGUGGGUUGACACUUAAACUAAGAGUUUUUCCAUCUGGAUCUUAAAUGGCAUUCAAAAGAAAGGUAAAUUAUGCAUAAGCCCCGGAGUGGUAACCAUUUCCAGCACAUGUUUGCAGGGGACAACAAAAAAUAAUAAUAAUUAAAAAAAAAGUCCUUUAAACUGCUAAUGAUUUUUGGGUGAUCUGAAAUGUUAAAUCUGUGAAGGGUAAUUUUCUUGAAGAGAGAAGACUGUAAAAUAGACUUAAAUGCUUUUAUUAAGAGCCUAUCUAUGUUGUGUAUAUGUACAUAUGAUUUGAUAUUCCAGAGUAUAAAGAGCAUGGCUGUUAGUUAUCGAGCCUUUGGAUGUCAAUAAGAUUUAGAACUGUUUUAAGAGUUUAAAUUAUAGGUAUAUUUAAAUCUGCUUUCCUGCCAUAUCCGUUACUGUACAAUAGACAAAGCAUCCUGUGAUUAGACUUGUCAGAAGUACAGUAAAAAAAAUGCGCCAAUAUACUCAAAAUCAGUAUUUGUGGAUAAAUGAAUGGGUCAGAAUAUAAAGUAGCUUUAGUCCAUGUGUGGAUUAUCGUAGCAGAACACUGUAAAAAAUCGACAUUUGCAGAUACAACUUGGCCAGCUGUAAUCGUGUCAAAUAAGUAGCCAUUUGUGACACUCAAAGCUGGGGUGUAAAAUUCCAGCAGAUUUGUGUUAAAAUAAGUAUCAGGUAAGUAGAGAUGCUCUGUUAGGAAGCUACACUGUAAUGAAGCUGACAAAGCUUUCUCAAGGUAAACUAUAAAACACUGUUUAUUAGUCUUGGACCUUGCUUUUUGAGCUUAUUUAGGAUAUAUUUAGUCCUCAUUUCCAAUGAAUCAAAGCGUGCAGGCUGAGGAAGUGGAUGUUUGUACACGUCUGUCAAGGAAAACUUGCCACUGUUCAUCCACAGGACGGUCAGGAAUUACUGGUCUGGGUUCUCUGUAUUGUCAAAUAUUUUAGAAAACAAUAAAAUCUGUUAAUCUCCUGAA